AUGGAAAUUGCUGCGCACGCAGCAGGCAUCGUCCUCAGCCUGAUGGUCUACAGUGUGCUCCAGGAACGCAUUAUGACGAGGCCAUUUGGGGAAGAUGAAGACAUUUUUAAAUUCUCAUUGUUCCUUGUUCUCUGCAACCGCCUGGUGACGUGCACGUUGGCAGUCGGCUGCUUACUGCCAGUGGCCCCGAGCUAUAAUUACGCAGUCGUCUCGCUGUCUAAUGUAUUGGCCACCACAUGCCAGUAUGAGGCCCUGAAGUAUGUGACCUUCCCCUUGCAAACACUGGGCAAGUGCGCCAAGAUGAUCCCUGUGAUGGCAUGGGGCAGCAUCAUGUUGCAUAAGAGGUAUAAGAAGAGGGACUACGUACUGGCAGUGGCAAUCACUACUGGGCUGAUGCUGUUCUUUCUGACUGGUCCUGUGUCCUCAAAGAGGCAGCAUGCGAAAUCGGACGCGGUUCUGUGGGGGUCAGUGCUCAUGCUGGGCUAUCUGGGCUUUGAUGGCUUCACGUCCACUUUCCAGGACAAGCUGUUCAAGGGCUACAACAUGAGCACCUACAACCAGAUGCUCUACGUCAAUCUGUUCUCCUCGCUGGUUAGCCUGUGCGGCCUGGUGUCUUCAGGGCAGCUGCUGCCUGCCCUUGCCUUCAUCGCAAGGCACCCAGAGGCGCUUUCUUCCAUUUUUGUCCUUUCCUUGUCAGCCACUGUGGGGCAGCUGUUCAUUCUGCACACCAUCAAGAAGUUUGGGGCCUUGCUCUUUGCUGCUGUCAUGACCACCCGGCAGUUUUUGUCUAUCCUGGUGUCCAGCGCUGUAUUUGGCAACCCCCUGUCUACAGGCCAAUGGUGCGAUUCAUCUCCUGCAUUUACUGUGCAAGCUUCACAAUCCUUUCUCUUAGGAAAUUGUUGUAGGAAGUCCUGA